GAUGACUUCCUUUGGGAAUUGUCCCUUAACCCUUCAUGAGGAGUCAGGAGAUGACUCCUGUUUUUCAGGUGACAAAAUUGGAGCAUGGCAAAGGUGAUCUGCCCACUUCAAAUCGCUAGCUAGACGGAGCAUAGGGACUCGAACCGCCGUUUUCCUCGCCUCCAAGAGUACAGGGGCGAACCGGUGAGCAGAAGGCCUAAGAAGCGAGGCACAAGAGGUUUCUGCCCAGGAGGCACGGAAUGAAACUCGCCGGCUGUUGGCCCCGCCCCACUUCGAAGCUCCGCCCAGGCCAAGAAGCGCGGGGGCGGGAGUGAGGGGGCGGUUUCCAUGGUGACGGCAAACAAGGCCCACGCUGGACAGGGCAGCUGCUGGGUUGCUACUCUCGCCUCCGCCAUGAUUCCCCCCGCAGACUCUUUGCUCAAGUACGACACCCCAGUGCUGGUGAGCCGGAACACGGAGAAACGGAGCCCCAAGGCUCGGCUACUGAAAGUCAGCCCCCAGCAGCCUGGACCUUCAGGUUCAGCCCCACAGCCACCCAAGACCAAGCUCCCCUCAACUCCCUGUGUCCCAGAUCCUACAAAGCAGGCAGAAGAAAUCUUGAAUGCCAUACUACCCCCAAGGGAGUGGGUGGAAGACACGCAGCUAUGGAUCCAGCAGGUGUCCAGCACCCCUAGCACCAGGAUGGACGUGGUGCACCUCCAGGAGCAGUUAGACUUAAAGCUGCAGCAGCGGCAGGCCAGGGAAACAGGCAUCUGCCCUGUCCGCAGGGAACUCUACUCACAGUGUUUUGAUGAGUUGAUCCGGGAGGUCACCAUCAACUGUGCGGAGAGGGGGCUGCUGCUGCUGCGAGUCCGGGACGAGAUCCGCAUGACCAUCGCUGCCUACCAGACCCUGUACGAGAGCAGCGUGGCGUUUGGCAUGAGGAAGGCACUGCAGGCUGAGCAGGGGAAGUCAGACAUGGAGAGGAAAAUCGCAGAAUUGGAGACGGAAAAGAGAGACCUGGAGAGGCAAGUGAACGAGCAGAAGGCAAAAUGUGAAGCCACUGAGAAGCGGGAGAGCGAGAGGCGGCAGGUGGAGGAGAAGAAGCACAAUGAGGAGAUUCAGUUCCUGAAGCGAACAAAUCAGCAGCUGAAGGCCCAACUGGAAGGCAUUAUUGCACCAAAGAAGUGAUAAUUUCCACGAUUAAUUUCCAACAAGACACUUGGGAGUUAUUUACUGUGUUCCUCUGGCAGCCAAUAAAAUUAUCAUAAGCCCUUUGUAAUAAAAA